ACUGCACCUCCUUAUAAACGCAACACCUCACCUGCAAAAUACUCCACUUCACUCUUCAAACUCACAUUCGUUGUCUUCUCCGCUCUCCCAAUUUCUCCAGAAAAAAAAAAAAAAAAAAAAAAAAACCACUCUCCCAACUUGCACACACUCACUGAUUUUUGCAUGGCAGUUCGUUUGUUGUCCUACGAGGUGGCUGAUCUCUGCCUAGGCAAGCCGCCGCUCCGCUCUCUCUCCUCAUCCGCCACCGUCGCCGACGCCCUCUCCGCCCUCAAAUCCUCCGACGACAACUUCAUCAGCGUCUGGAGCUGCAACCACUCCUCCACCAACAGAAAUCUCGACUGCGUUUGUGUGGGCAAAGUCUGCAUGGUUGACAUUAUUUGCUUCCUUUGCCGCCAAGACAAUUUAUCCUCACCUUCUUCUGCCCUCAAUUCUUCCGUCUCCGUUUUGCUUUCUAAAGUUAACGGCCUUGUCCGACAUGUUGAACCCUCUUCCAGCUUACUGGAAGCCAUUGAUCUAAUCCUCGACGGGGCCCACAAUCUGGUGGUCCCCAUAAAGAGCAAUUUCAGAAGGAAACCGCUCCCAAGAUCACAGUCAUCAAUAAUUCCGACAACGCACAAUCACAGCCAGGAAUUCUGCUGGCUGACGCAGGAGGACGUCAUCAGAUUCCUCCUCAGCUCGAUCGGCCUCUUCUCCACCAUUCCGAUGCUCUCCGUCGAAGCCCUAGGCAUCAUCAGCCACGACCACCCCACGGUGGACUACCACUCCCCCGCCUCGUCGGCUGUGGGGCCCCUCUCGCGGGCCCUGCUGGACCGGACGUCGGUCGCGGUGGUCGACGACGCGGGGGUCCUCAUCGGGGAAAUCUCGCCGUUCGCGCUUGCGUGCUGCGACGAGACGGUGGCCCCCGCCGUCGUGACGCUGUCGGCCGGCGACCUCAUGUCCUACAUGGACUGCGGGGGCCCGCCGGAGGAGAUCUCGAGGCUCGUGGAGGAGAGGUUGAGGGAGAGGGGCUUGGAGGGGAUGCUCGAGGAGUUUGUGGCGGGAACGCAUUGCGGGAAUUCGUCGUCGUCCGAUGAGGAGUUGCCGUCGCCCACGACGGUGUUGGGGAGGAAGGGGCGGUGGUGCAAUUCGGGGCGGAUGGGGAGGAGGGCGGAGGCGGUGGUUUGCCGACCGUGGAGCUCGUUGGUGGCGGUGAUGAUACAAGCCAUCGCGCACCGCGUGAAUUAUGUUUGGGUAGUUGAGGAGGAUUGUAGUUUGGUCGGGAUUGUGACGUUUGCUAGUAUGUUGGAGGUUUUUCGGGAAAAUUUGGAGUCUAUGAUUUGAGGCUGCAUCCGACAUUUGGAUGGAAGGAUCUGAGGCAGCGAUUUCAAAUCUAUAAUAACAAAUCCAUAGAGUUUGUCAUUUGACAAGGAAUUUUGAUUAAUCACUAGCUCUCGUUCUAGUUGUUUCUUUGAGCAAUUUGUGAUGGAUUUUAAAUCUCGUCUCGAGUCAUUUCAAAUCCUUCAAUCCAAAUGCACCCUUAGUGAUCAAUGGUCAAUUAAUCUUAAUCUUUGUAGAUUAAGAAGCACUAAUUGAUUAGCUCUUGUUUAGAGUUGAGUCUUGAGAAGGAGGGACAUAUUUGUGAAUAUGAGCAUGUAUUGUACUUUUUUUGGGUUUGUCAUUGUUGAGGUUUUGUUUAUUAUUUUUUUUA